AAAUGUAACCCUUUUUUGGUUCUUUAAAUAGAGAGCAUCAACCCAUCAGUGCACUGGUCUAACAACAACACCACUCUCAAUUAUUACUCCGUAUUACUUUAAAAAAAAACACACUAACUCACUCAAACAGAAGCAGCAACAAGACACACAAAAAAAGAAAGAAAGACGAGAGAAGUUUUGCCUUGUCUUUCUCCUUCCUUCCUCUGUUUCAUGCCAUUUUUUGUUUCAUUAAACACAACACCACCACCAUCAACAACAACAACAACAACAACAACAACAACUGCAACAACAACAACAACAACAACAACAAAAAUCAAAGAAGAAUGUCUUCUGAUAUGUUUGUGUUCGAUGAACCAUAUUACUCUCAUUUACCAACAACCAUAAUUUCACCUGAAGAAAUUUCAGGGAAUUUCUUCACUGACCCAAUUUCAACUCUUUCUGAUUCCUCCAUUGAUAGCAUCUUCCAUGAAUUCUCUGAUGAUCACAACAGCAGCAACAACAACAACAACAACAACAACAACAACAACAACAACAACAACAACAGCUACCAAAACACCACCACGUCACUCACAACAACCACCACUACAACCCAAAUUUCAGCUGAUGAAGCACAAUCUCUGGACCAAAUUGCCCAUACCCUUUUCACCAAUUCACCUCCAAGUCAUCAACUUGAAACCCUCUCUCUUCAACAACAACAACAAAGCCAUUUGGGUAAUUUGGGAAAUGUAUUUAGUGAAAAUUACUCUGUUAUGUCAGAUAACGUAAAAUCAGAGGAUUUUCAGGUGGGUUUUGACUACCCUCCAAACAGCUACAACUCUUAUUUUCUAGGCAGUACUAAUAAUAAUAACAACAGUGAAAGUAUGAUGAAAUUCAUGCAAAGAAGUUACAGCAGUAACUCAUUUGAAGCAAAACCAAGCUUUUGGUUCCAAGCCAAGUUUGAUUCUCUUCUGGAGGUCCAAAAUUUUCAACCCGGAACCGAUAACGGUCAAAUGAGACGGGUCUGUAGCACUGGGGAUUUACCAGUGGGGAGAGUUUGUUCAUCAACAGCAAGUCCAUUAUCAGGAGAAGGAAACAUGAUGGAAGAAUCAAAUUUCAAAGUAGGAAAGUAUAGUGCAGAAGAAAGAAAAGAAAGGAUUGAUAGGUACAGAGCUAAGCGUACUCAACGAAACUUCAAUAAGACCAUCAAGUAUGCAUGCCGAAAAACGCUAGCCGACAACAGACCAAGAGUACGUGGCAGAUUCGCUCGCAACGAUGAGACUGGAGAGAUUCCAAAACCCACCUGUUUCAAUCGUUAUGAAGAUGAUGAUGAUCUUUGGGCUGAAAAUUUGCAAGAAGAAGAAGACGAAGGAAUAUUAGGCAGAGGAGGAGGAGGAGGAGAACGGUUCCUGAACUGUUUUGGAGCUACUCAUCACUUUCAGUACUGUGGUUAUUGAUAUUGCUGCAGCCUGCAGCACAGAAAAUUUGAUGACCAAAAACCUUUUUUUUAAUUUUUUAAAAAAGGUAAAAUAUUGAGGGUAGUUUAAUUUAGGUUGGGACAACUGCACAAAUUGACUUGACCCUAAAUAUUAAAGUCCCUAAAACUGAAAGGUGUAACAAAAAAAAAAAAAAGGAGGCUUUAAAUAAUGAGACAGAAAAGUGGGUAGACUAGCUUAAUUUUUCUGAUGCAAGUUUGUUGGGGAUCAUAUUAUUAUAAAAAAAAUACAGCAGUAAUUUCUCUGAGAAUACUUAAAUUGGUUUGACUGCUGAUUUUAUUUGCUCCUUUUAAGUUUUAACUAGGGUACUCUACUGUACCUGUGUAGGGUUCCCCCACUAAGCUUAGGUCACUCAGUCACAACUACCUGCAGAAGCAUUUCAUCCGUUUUAGAGUUUUUACCAACAUUUGUUACCCUUUUCUUGUAAUUUCAAUCUCACCAAUUUGUACAUGAAUAGUUAGUUUUCAUUAAUAAAUACAAUUGUUACUCAAAAUUUUAAUUCUGAAUAUGCUUUUUUUGUUGGGAGUUGGGACUCUA